UGUUUCACACGCCUCUCUCUCUCCCUCCCUCCCUCUCUCCUUGCUUUGUCGCUCACUUUUUGGGACAGAGAAAGUAACAAAAAUGCUAACGAUGCUGUGAAGCGAAAGCGAUGCGAGCCCUGAUGAUAAAGAUCACUGACAUAACUGUCGUACCAUAACUCAAACUAAGAAGCAUCACAGCCGUCCAUCAUUCUUAAUCUUCCAUCCCCAUCAUCAUCGUUGUCCGGCGACGUUCCAUGAAAUCACCCCGGAAGAUGAAGAAGGCGGUGGUGGAGUUUACUCCUCCUUGAAUCGUGUUCUACUGGGACUUGGAUCGGCCAGUGAGUCUCCGACUUACAUACAUACAAUCUAUAUCUCUACAUAUAUACUUACAGACACAGAGAGAGAGGCAUGGUGAUGAGAGGGAGUUUGGUGGGGCGGCGGACGGCGCAGAGAUUCCGGCAGGUGGCGAUCUUGGCCGUUGGAUCAGCGAAGAUCAAGCUAUUGCUCUGCUGUUGCAUAGUCUUCACUCUGAUUGUGCUCGGAAGCCGUGCGGCGUCGUUUAUGGGAUGGACUGAUGACACUGCUUCUCUCAAUCGGAACUCUGGUCCCAGGAAGGGAUAUGCACUUUUGAUUAACACGUGGAAGAGAAAUGAUCUUUUGAAGAAAUCCAUUUCUCACUAUACAUUGUGUCCCGGGCUUGAUUCUAUACAUAUCGUGUGGAGUGAGCCUGAUCCUCCAUCAGAUUCUCUUGCUAAAUUUUUAAACCACAUUGUGCAGUCAAAUUCUAAAGAUGGUCGACAGAUUGAGUUGAAAUUUGACAUAAAUAAAGAAGACAGUCUGAACAAUAGAUUCAAAGAAAUUAAGGAUUUGAAGACAGAUGCUGUCUUUUCAAUUGAUGAUGACAUUAUAUUUCCGUGCUCUUCAGUGGAAUUUGCUUUCAGUGUUUGGCGAAGUGCACCAGAUGCAAUGGUUGGAUUUGUGCCCCGUAUGCAUUGGAUUGAUCAAUCAAAAGGCAAUGCAGGUCAUUACAUUUAUGGAGGAUGGUGGUCUGUUUGGUGGACUGGUACAUACAGUAUGGUACUCUCGAAGGCAGCCUUCUUCCACAAAAAGUAUCUGAGUCUGUAUACGCAUGAGAUGCCAGGAUCGAUCAGAGAAUAUGUGACCAAGAACAGGAACUGUGAAGAUAUUGCAAUGUCUUUCCUUGUUGCAAAUGCAACUAAUGCUCCCCCAGUAUGGGUAAAAGGUGAGAUUUUUGAGAUUGGUUCAACUGGAAUUAGUAGCUUGGGAGGUCAUAUUGAUCGAAGGUCCCAAUGCGUUAAUAGAUUUGUUGCUGAAUAUGGACGAAUGCCAUUGGUAUCAACUCCCUUGAAAGCUGUUGAUAGCCGCAACGUCUGGUUUUGGUGAUUUGCGGGAUUUCUCAUAGCUUUACAUUGCUGAUUCCCCCCUUCAUUUUAGUUAGCUAAUUCAUAUUCUUGUUAGUUCUUAACUUUGUGUAAAAUUAAGUUGGCCACGAAUUUUAUAUUAUUUGAGGACAGAAGCUGAGUCGGCGGAUACACUUGGAUUGGUUGCUGUAUUCUUACCAUGUAGCUCGAUGGGGGAAGUCAGUGUUCUAAUUUUUGUUCUUGUUUUUGUUUUUUUGUUCAUGUUUCCUUUUGAUGGGUUUUCUUCAUUUGAAUACAACAGCUUCAGUUGGAGACCUUGUUUUCA